GUUACUAGGAAAUCACUUCUGUUCUGCUUUUGUAAAAUUUAACGAUGAAAUAGGUAUAUAAAUGGAGACAGUGACACCUGAAUUAUUCACAAUCCGGUCAACAUGCCUGUUGAUAGACUUACCUACAUUUUCUUAUGUAUUACGUAUUGUAGGUGUGUUCAGUUUUCGACUAGUCUUGAUAUCAAUGCUACAAUAAACAUCAACUAUGCACUCGUGCCUGGGACAGGAAGUUGCGAUACAUUUAUAACGUCCAUUAGCUAUUGGGAAUGUAUAAAUAUGUUUCAAAAUCGUACAAAUAAUUCUAAUGUCAUGGUUUAUAUAAGGAGAUUUCUGUUGUGUAAAAUGUGUUUUGUCUCUCAGACACUUACUCAGACACAAGCCAUUGGGUCUAUAUUGGCAUAUUAUCCAAUUACAGGUACAUGUAAUUCAAGUGUGAAUAUUGCGCAAGGAAAGCCAUCGAACAUGAGUUCCUCUCAUUUUGAUGUGAAUAAAGGAUAUACAUCCUCUGGUCUAGCGGUUGACGGUAUUUGGGAAUCGCGACUUCAAUCUUCGAAUAACUUCUUUUGCUCGCAUACGGCUGAAGGACAACAAAGCGACGAGCAUUGGUGGAUGGUCAACUUAGAAACUAUUUACCCUGUGUCUAAGGUGUCCAUUUUAAACAGGGGCGAUUGUUGCCCGGAACGGCUACGGGAUUUAACCAUUACAGUAGGAGAAACGGCCAAUGACAUGCAACUAUGUGCUGAAUAUGCAGGACCUGGGAGCAGGGGGGAAGUCGUAAACAUCACUUGUCUGAGUUCCAUGUAUGGGCAAUAUGUACGGAUAAGCAAACCGGCUACUGAGCCUUUACAGAUGUGUGAAGUUGCAGUUUAUUGCUGAAUCGGGGUGGAUAAUAAAUUUCACGAGCCGUAGUAAAUACUAAUUAGACAUUACGAAAUCUUAAUGUGAAUUUUUUUUUUCUUAUUUAAAAUUCAUUGUAGACUCUUAUCAUUAACUGAAAAAAUAAUGUUAAGUUUAUAUGUUUUAUAAGAUUAGUGAUGCAGUUUUGUUUUGAAAACCUGUUUAUAGCAGAAUGCUUUUAUGUAGAGAAGUAAUUGUUUUGACUGAAAAUACGCAGACAUCUUGUCAGCAAAUUCGAUAAGCCAUCAGACUCUUGAAACCAAUUUGAAUAUUAUCAUUUUCUUUUUAGUAUGUAUGGCAGUAAGUUUUGUUAUAUUAAGUAAGAAUUGUAUACUAAUGAAUAUUGUUUCAUAAAAAUUUAUUUACUGUUCUGUUUAAGACAUUAUGUUGCAUUUUGUAUUCAUACAUUUUGAACUCUAAUUAAAACGAUGAAAAAAAAAUCACUUAUUU